UGAUAACGGAAGUGUAAGAAAGUACAUUAUCAUUAUGCAUUAGAGGUGUUCACCAAAGGGGGUAGCAUUUGUUUUUUGUGUUUUUAAUACAAUCUAGUUUUAUAAAGUUUAAAGUUUGGCAGACGAGACGAGAAUGCGGCCUAGUAAAAACAAGAAAAGGAAAAGUAAAACUGGAAUCCGAUACAGAAAUGCAAAUGCCAAUAAACACGAGGAAUCCUGGAACUCAUCGACGGAAAGGUUCAGUCACCUUGGCUCCACUUCCUACUACCGGCCAUCUUAUCCAGUUUCAACUCCUCGACGCUUUAGUAUAGCCAGUGGGCAAAAGCAGUCUAAUUUGUUUGAUCAAAGUACGUUUGUAAGUACUCUACCGCCUUUGAAAACCUCAAAUGAUCCUCCUCUUCACCUUGCCUAUCCGGAGAAUGCCUUCGUUCCCAAAAGACACAAGGCAAAGAUUCUUGUGUGGUCUGACUUGACAGUGGAUGCUAUUGACAGACUUAAUGAGUCUCUCAACCCAGAAUAUAUCAAGAAUGUAUUGGCUGACAUUUUCUAUUUGGACAACUGGAAGGAGAAUUCUAAAGCUGCCAUAGUAUUGGACCUAUAUUACCACACUUUACAGUUCGCCAGGGACAAAAAUUUUUCUAAAGAAAAAACAUCCACAUUUUUUUCAAUUAUCAAAGAAAUAUUUCAAGUUUGCAUAGAGACACCGUUUGGAAACUUAGAUCACACAUUUCUCUACUUUAAAGAUUUGCUUCAUUGUCAUUCAGUGAAUCAUCCACCCUACAGUAUUGAGCUGUUCACACCGUCAGAAGUGAGGAAAAUAUCAGAAUACACUGUGAACACAUUCUUCAGGCAUUUCAAAAUGUACAAAUAUGCAUUCACGGCACAGAUUCGCUUAGACAUCAAUUUAAGUUAUGAAGGAAUGCCAACCCCUUCACAGUCUGAAGAGGAUACAAUAGAAAUCAAAUCGCCAUUCCCAGAAACAGAGGAACCCAGUGAAUUAGAAAAAGAAGUACAAGAUGAAGAUGUAGCAAAAGCAAAAGAGGACUUACGAAACCUGGUGAUGAGCAUUCUGACAGAAGAGGCUAAAAAAAUUGAGGGCAAAGUUGAAGAUCAAGUGCAUGCAGCAGUGGAAGUUUUGAAUUCUAAAAUCGACCCGUAUAUAAACGCACCAGGAAAGCAAGAAGGAAAGGGAAAGAAAAAGUAAAAGAAAGAAUACUGGCCUAUAUAUAUGUAUAUUUCAAGGAAAAAUGUGUCCACAGUCAUGGACAUAGUGCUACUUGUGAAUUAGCAUAAAUAAAAAUAAUUAUUUAUACUGAAUCGCCCCAAUUAGUUAUUAACUUAAUUGAGACUAAUAAAACUUUUGAAAGA